GUCUCUUCCAAAAAUCUAAUCUUUUUUUUUUUUUUCUUUCAGAUUAGGGUCCCUCAACUUAGUUGAUUUUUUUACCUUUUCUUUAUGAAACAAAUGUGUUAAAAGGGUUUUAGAUUUUUCUACUCAUUCUUUUUGUGCUUCUUCAAAGGCUCUCAUAACGCAUAAAGUUCUUGGCUUCAUCAUUUUUUGCUUUCAAGAUUAAUUUGGCAUUAUAUCCAUUGAAAGACACAAAAUGAGAGGAGUUUCGACUCUCAAGAACUCACAAAUCAUCGUUUAAGACAAAAUAAUAGUCUUGUUUCUUUCAAAUUAAGCCAAUUAAAACACACAAACAAACAAGAAUCUGAGAAACGUUAUGUCUCUGUCUCUCUCUCUUUUUAAUCAAUGCUUUUUUUUCCAACUGUUUUCAAGCGUUUAAUUACAUUUACAUGUUUUAAGAAUCUGAUAUCUUGUUCUUAGUUUUGCAGUUUCUUCUCCCAACACAUUGUGUGAGUUCUUGAGCUUUGUGGAAUUGAAAGCUUUUAACAUAAAGACUUAAAAGAGAGACAAUGGGAUGUUCUCAUUCCAAGUUUAAUGACGAUGAAGCUGUUCAGAUCUGCAAAGAUAGGAAACGUUUCAUCAAGCAAGCAGUUGAACAUAGGACCGGGUUUGCUUCUGGCCACAUUGCUUAUAUCCAGUCUCUAAGAAAUGUUUCAGAUGCUCUUCGUGAAUAUAUCGAAGGAGACGAGCCACACGAGUUCUUGUUGGACACUUUCGUCACUCCAGUAAAGAGCAGCUCAGGCGGUUUCAUCGAGGUAUCUCCUCCUUCAAAAAUGAUUCAGAACGAGGCUGAGUCGAAUAUGAAUGUUAAUUACUUGAUGGCUAGUGGAAGCAGAGCGGUUCGUGUUGAAGAAAAGCCUCUUUUGUCACCUGAGACUUUCCAGGUUGAGAGUUAUGGAGCAGAUAGUUUCUUUGGGAUGAACUCACCUCAGCAUAGUCCUGGAUUAGGUGGUAGUCACAAUAUACCGCCUCCUUCGCCACAGAACUCCCAGUGGGAUUUCUUUUGGAAUCCAUUCUCUUCAUUGGAUCAUUACGGAUACAGUUGUGAUAACCAAAGUGGUACGGAUGAUGAGAUGAUGAGACGGCUGAAGCGGGUUCGUGAGGAAGAAGGGAUUCCUGAUCUUGAAGAAGAUGAAUAUGUUAGGUUUGAGCAUCAUCAUAACAUGAAAGCAACAGAAGAUUGUAAUGGGGAUACAACGGGUCAAGAAGAUGAUAAAGUAAAAGAUGUUAAUGAGGAGUGCGAGACUGAGAAUGUGAGGGACACGAACUGCAUUAGAACUCAAGAACGUGGAAGCAUUGAAGUGACUACAGGGCAUGUUGUUGGAGUUACCACAGAUGAUGCAAAAGGAGAGACACCUGGUUUUACUGUGUACUUGAAUCGAAGACCGACGAGUAUGGCAGAAGUUAUUAAAGAUCUUGAAGAUCAGUUUGCGGUUAUAUGUACCGCUGGUAAAGAAGUCUCUGGUCUGUUGGAAGCUAGUCGAGCUCAAUACACAUCUUCCAAUGAACUCAGUGCCAUGAAAAUGCUGAAUCCAGUAGCUUUGUUCCGCUCAAGCGGCUCAUCAAGAUCGUCUUCCUCAUCAAGAUUCUUGAUCAGCUCUUCCGGAGGUUCCAGGGCGAGUGAGUUUGAAACCAGCAGUGAGUUUUCGGAAGAAUCUUGUAUGCUUUCAGGUAGCCAUCAGUCAACGUUGGACCGUCUAUACGCUUGGGAAAAGAAACUCUAUGAUGAAGUUAAGUCUGGAGAACGAAUACGGAUUGCAUAUGAGAAGAAGUGUUUAGUGCUGAGGAAUCAGGAUGUGAAAGGAGCUGACUCUUCCUCGGUUGAUAAAACAAGAAAUAUAAUCAGAGAUCUACACACUCAGAUCAAGGUCUCUAUACACUCAAUCGAGUCUAUCUCCCAAAGGAUUGAGACUCUUCGUGACCAAGAACUGCUUCCACAACUUCUUGAGCUUCUUCAAGGAUUAGCUCAAAUGUGGAAAGUGAUGGCAGAGUGUCACCAGAUACAAAAGCGAACAUUGGAUGAAGCCAAGCUAUUACUUGCAACCACACCUUCUAACCGUCACAAGAAGCAACAACAGACUUCACUACCGGAGAUCAACCCUCAAAGAUUAGCUCGUUCUGCAUUGCAUCUCGUGGCUCAGCUUCGAAACUGGAGAGCCUGCUUCCAAGCAUGGAUCACAUCUCAGAGAUCAUACGUGCUGUCUUUAACCGGAUGGUUACUCAGAUGUUUCAGAUGUGAUCCUGAUCCAGACAAAGUCAGAUUAGUGUCUUGUCCUCACCCAAUCUAUGAAGUCUGUAUCCAAUGGUCAAGGUUGCUCAACGGGUUAAACGAGAAACCGGUGAUAGACAAACUCGAUUUCUUUGCAUCUGGGAUGGGUGCAAUCUAUGCUAGGCAGCUUAAGGAAGAACCAUCUCCUGUAACAGAUGGUUCGAGGAAGUACUCAGGACAAGACAGCAUGGAGCUUGUUGAAGCUGAAAAAGUGGAAGAAGAGAAGAUGAUGACUGCUGAGAAACUAGCUGAGAUUGCAGUUAAAGUACUUUGCCAUGGAAUGUCAGUUGCAGUAAGCUCACUCGCUGAGUUUUCCAUUAGCUCAGCUGAUGAACACUCGAAGCUUGUUAACCAUCCAGAGGAGGACACCAUGCCAGAGCAAACUGAGAUGUAAUACAACUUCUCAUUUUAUUUAUUUAUUUCUUCCUUUGGGCCAAAGAAGUUUAGGAUGUUAGGUUAGUUUUAGCCCCCUGGGAGGCAAAAUGUGUAUUAUUAAGACACUAUAAGAGUUAGUUUCAGUAAGACUUCCAGUUUGGGAUCUGGUUACUAGGAUUAUAUGAACGUGUGCCAUAAAUUCUGAUACACUAACUAACCUCAUUAGAAAGUAGAAACCAUAUCAAUAUCAAAAUAUGUCUCUUUUUGACUAAGAGAUCAAGAACAAACACAUAAAAGGUGAAUCUUGUGUUCUCUUUCUUACAAAGAAGUCAAGGAAAGAGAGAUUUACAUUACCAGUCCAUUCGCAAAGAGAAGGCUUUUGGUAUAGUCAUCCUCGUUUCAUCAGAAGUAGAUCCUCCCAUUCCCAUCAUGCAUAAUUAAAGAACAGUUGCGAUAAACAGAGAAGCUAUAAAAAAAAAAAAAAA